GUUUCACAGAAAUCACGAGCCAUGUCACAUGACGAACCAAGCCGGAAGUGGAGUGACGAACUGACGCACGUCAACCGGAACAGCUGUGCAACGGCCCCAAAACAGAAAACAUCAAGACAGUAUUUUAGUCUGAAUUAAAGCUGGAUCAAGAUGACUACACCUGAAAAAUACCCCAGGUCUUCAAUUGAAGAUGAUUUCAACUAUGGAACAAAUGUUGCGACAGCGAGUGUGCAAAUCCGGAUGGAUUUCCUGCGCAAGGUAUACACCAUCCUGUCUCUUCAGAUCAUCCUGACCACGGCUACCUCUGCUCUCUUCAUGUACUGUGACACCAUCAAGGACUUUGUCCAUUCAAGUCCAGCGGUUGUGUUGGUGUCAGCCAUUGGCUCCCUGGUGUUGAUCAUUGCCCUGGCCUUCUACAGACAUCAACAUCCCAUUAACCUGUACCUGCUUGCCACAUUCACUCUGCUGGAGUCGGUCUCUGUUGCUACCGCAGUGACCUUCUAUGAGUAUUCCAUCGUGCUCCAGGCCUUCUUCCUCACAGCAGCUGUGUUCCUUGGGCUGACUGCCUACACCUUCCAGUCUAAGAGAGACUUCAGUAAACUGGGAGCUGGACUGUUCUCCGGCCUGUGGAUCCUGAUCAUCGCUGGUUUCAUGAAGCUCUUCUUCCAGAACGACACAGUGGAGCUGCUGUUUGCUGGUGCGGGAGCUCUGUUGUUCUGUGGCUUCAUCAUCUACGACACCCACCUCCUGAUGCACCAGCUGUCCCCUGAGGAGCACGUCCUGGCCUCCAUUAACCUGUACCUGGACAUCGUUAACCUCUUCCUGCACAUCCUCCGCAUGCUGGACUCCAUGAAGAAAAACUGACCUUCUAUUCCCUCAUUUAGUGCACUACACACUAUUACCUCAUUUAGUGCACUACGUUUUGACCAGGGCCCUGUAUGAACGUAGUGCACAGUGAAGGGAAUAGUGUGUGGUUUGGGACUCGGCCCCCCGAUUUAGGUGAUCAGCUGCUUGGCUCACAGGGUGACUUGGGAUCGAUUCAGUUCUCAAUCCAAGUAACAUUUUCUUGGAAUUAUUUAUAAAAUCCUCAUAGAAAAGAAAAUGGGCAUUUAUCGAUUCACCUCCAUGAAUUGAAAACUGAUUUGCCCUCCAUCUCUGAUAGCCAACCCUGCUGUAGAUCCUUCCAGUGAUUGUGAAACAUUAACCCGUCGUCUAAGUUUAACCCCUGGAGAUAAUAUUAUAUUAUAACCUGUGCCAUUUUGUUUUUUUAAGCAUUUUGGAUCUGGCUGUGUUUUGGACUUACUUCUGUUUUUGUUCUUAUACUGUUUAUUAUUCUGAAUGUAAAACAAACAACAAAAAAUCAUAUUUAAUUGUGGGUAGCUCGCUCAGUGAAUGAUUCCUUUCUGAAUAUUCAGGCAUACGGAUUACAUAAGGUUGUUUUGGUGUAAAAAUCGUUCUACUUUAGUUUUAACUUCCAUCCCCCUCGCUUGCUGGUAUACUGAAUAAACUGGCCAUGAUCCUUCUAGAAAGACUUGAAUAGUAGUCACAGUAAAGUUUGAUAAAAUACACUAUUCUCCACUAUUGACUUCACCAGACAAAAUGUAUCACAUAGCAACCUAUUCCCUAUAUAGUGCACUACUUUUGACCAGGGCCGCAUCCCAAAUGGGACCCUAUUCCCUAUAUAGCGCACUACUUUUGACCAGAAUCUGUGUCCCAAAUGGGACCCUAUUCCCUAUAUAGUGCACUACUUUUGACCAAAGCCCUAUGGGGCAUUUGAUGACAGAGAUUUGAUAUGCCAGCAAACAGAGGGAUCCUCUGGGACCAGGAAACUACCUGGUGGGCAGAAGAAUACUACCACAUCAGAGGUCAGGAAAGGGGAUCUGAAGAACACUACAGGUCUGAACACCAAGAGGUUUCCAUUAGACAUCAUGUAAAUACUAAUGAAGAGAUUUUACUAGGCUCUAUAUUCUGUUUCCUCAGUCAUUCGUUUAUUAACAAACUUGCAAGUUGCCACGUGGAAUGUAAAGUAGUUGCACAUCUGUUCGGUGAACUGUGAAUCAACCGUCAAUUGUAUAUGCUUUGAUUUCUUGAUUAAAUUGUAAAGUGGA